CUCAGGUCAGUCGGUGACAUUAUAACAUUAUAUAAGCGGGUAAAGCCCCAGCGCGGCGAGAGUCCAAUACUCACCAGAGCAAGUCAGGAGCACAGUAGAGCAGAGAGGAAGAGAGAGAGAGAGGGAUGGCGAAAGCUCCAUGUCAGGAACACCCACAGAAGGUUCUGGGUUGGGCUGCCGUGGACAAGUCCGGCACCCUUUCUCCCUUCCAUUUCUCUCGAAGGGAAAAUGGUGAUGAUGAUGUCACUGUUAAGAUUCAGUACUGUGGAGUUUGCCAUUCCGAUCUGCAUUUGGCCAAGAAUGACUGGGGAUUCACAAACUAUCCUGUUGUCCCAGGGCACGAGAUUGUCGGUGCUGUGACAAAAGUGGGGAGCAAUGUGAACAAAUUCAAGGUGGGAGAUCGCGUGGGGGUCGGAGUCAUUGUGGACUCAUGCAGGUCGUGUGAGUGCUGCCAGCAAGAUUUAGAAAACUAUUGUCCACAAGUUAUUUUCACCUACAACUCCCACUCCAAGGAUGGGUCAAAAACAUAUGGGGGCUAUUCUGACUUCAUAGUUGUUGACCAGCGAUUUGUGCUUCGCUUUCCUGAGGGCUUGCCUUCUGAUGCUGGGGCGCCACUUCUCUGUGCUGGCAUCACAGUCUACAGCCCAAUGAAGUACUAUGGGAUGACUGAGCCUGGCAAACAUCUGGGUGUUGCUGGCCUUGGCGGGCUUGGUCAUAUUGCUGUGAAACUGGGGAAAGCUUUUGGACUGAAAGUUACUGUGAUUAGUUCCUCUCCUCGUAAGGAGGCAGAGGCGAUUCAGAGACUCGGUGCUGAUUCAUUUCUUGUCACCAGUGAUCUUGUGAAAAUGAAGGCAGCUUUUGGUACAAUGGACUACAUUAUCGACACAGUUUCUGCAGUCCAUCCUCUGGCACCAUUGAUCAGUCUGCUAAAGCUUAAUGGGAAACUAGUUACUGUUGGGCUGCCCGAUAAGCCCCUGGAGUUGCCCAUCUUUCCUCUCGUUCUUGGGCGAAAGCUUGUCGGAGGGAGCGACGUAGGGGGCAUGAAGGAGACACAGGAGAUGCUGGACUUUUGCGCCAUGCACAAUAUUGCUGCUGACAUCGAGCUGAUCCGGAUGGAGGAAAUCAACACGGCUAUGGAGAGGCUCGCAAAGUCUGAUGUCAAAUACCGGUUCGUGAUUGAUGUGGGCAACUCCUUACCGAGCAGAUAUUAAUGCAUGGUUGCAUUAUUACCCCUUUGCUAUAUCAGAACUUGGUGUCUGUCCAUUUGAUUAUGAGAAGGGUAUUAUUCCUAAUGCUUCUUUUGGGAUGUUGAAGGAACUGAAGUUUUCUUUUUAUUAUUAUUAUGAUCAUCAUAAUGGGCGCGUAUUAUUAUUUUAUUACUUUAAA